CCCGGCGCUUUGUGCGCCGCCCGGGCCCCGGCGCGGUGUGGGGGUCUCCAUGGCAACGGCAGCGCGCUCCCUCGGGCCGGGCCGGGACGGGACCGGGUCAGGAUCGGGAUCGGAACGGGGCCUGGGCCGGGGUCGAGACCCAGCCGGACCGGGCGGCCCCUCCCUCCCGCUAGUCCUCGCCGCCUGCCGGGCGGGCGCAGAGGCUGCGCUGCGCUCUCCGGGCGGUGGGCGUCGCGGGCCGGGACUGCACGCGGCGGGGAACCGGGCAGCGCCGUCCACCGGCGAGCGGCGGCGCGGGCCGGUCUGCAGGUGGAAAUUAUAAAUAUUUGACGUUACUCAAAAUGUGCAAAGAAGAAUAAUGGAAGCCCCUGAAUACCUUGAUUUGGAUGAAAUCGACUUCAGUGAUGAUAUAUCUUAUUCAGUCACAUCACUCAAGACCAUCCCAGAACUAUGCCGAAGAUGUGACUCACAAAACGAAGACAGAGCAGUUUCCAGUUCUGGCUGGAACUGUGGCAUCUCCACUCUUCUGACAAACACACAGAAGCCCACAGGAAUCGCUGAUGUGUACAGUAAGUUCCGCCCAGUGAAGCGGGUUUCCCCACUGAAACAUCAGCCAGAGACUCUGGAGAAUAAUGAAAGUGAUGAUCAAAAGAACCAUAAGGGAGAGUACCAGAAAGGGGGUGAGUCUGACCAGGGCCCCCAGGCUGAGGAGCUCAGCCCCGAAGAUGGAGGGGGCAGCGUGCCAGGCAAAAGCUCUGAACCCAGCAGUGCCCUGGGAGAACUGGAACAUUAUGACCUCGACAUGGAUGAGAUACUGGAUGUGCCUUACAUUAAAUCCAGUCAACAGCUGGCCUCUUUUACCAAGGCACCUUCAGAAAAAAGGAUUUUGGGUCUGUGUACAACCCUCAAUGGCCUUCCUGGCAAAGCCUGCUCUCCAGGAAGCUCGGAGAACUCUCCUUCCACCAUGACGCCGUUCUGUAUUCUUUCCCCUGUGAAAAGCCCGCCCUCGAGGAAGGCACCAGCUGUCUUCCGUGACCCACACAAGUUACUCACCGAGGCAGCUGAGAAUUCGCCUCCUUCUGGUAAAUGUGUCCCGGCCUAUGCACCUGAAAACCAGAAUAAAGGCUUCUUAAACAAGGCCUUUAGUGAUCCACAUGAUCGAAAAAUGGAGAAGACAGCUCCCGACUGCCACCUCAGGGCCUUCCACUCGCAGUCCUCAGCGUCAGAACCCAACCUGGAGGAGCAGGUCAGUGGCACAGCCUGGACCAGCUCCCAAGGCCCAGAAGAAAGGAACGAGCAUCUGAAAAAAGUAAAAAGCAUCUUGAACAUCGUUAAAGAAGGACAAAUAUCUCUCUUGCCACACCUAGCUGCAGACAAUCUAGACAAAAUCCAUGAUGACAGUGGGAACAAUCUGCUACAUGUUGCUGCGUCACAAGGCCACGCAGAAUGUCUGCAGCACCUCACCUCUCUGAUGGGGGAAGAUUGUCUCAAUGAGCGUAACGUGGAGAAGCUGACCCCAGCAGGCCUGGCCAUCAAGAAUGGCCAGUUGGAAUGUGUACGUUGGAUGGUGAGUGAAACUGAAGCCAUUGCAGAGCUGAGUUGCUCUAAGGAUUUUCCAAGCCUUAUUCACUAUGCAGGUUGCUAUGGCCAGGAAAAGAUUCUCUUGUGGCUUCUUCAGUUCAUGCAAGAACAAGGCAUCUCCCUGGAUGAGGUGGACUACGAGGGCAACAGUGCUGUCCACGUGGCCUCGCAGCACGGCUACCUUGGGUGCAUACAGACCUUGGUGGAGUACGGUGCAAAUGUCACCAUGCAGAACCAUGCUGGGGAGAAGCCUUCGCAGAGUGCAGAGCGACACGGGCACACCCUGUGUUCUCGGUACCUCGUGGUGGUGGAGACCUGCAUGUCGCUGGCCUCGCAGGUGGUGAAGCUGACCAAGCAGCUGAAGGAACAGACUAUGGAGCGUGUGACACUACAGAACCAACUCCAGCAACUCCUGGAAGCCCAGAAAUCCGAGGACAAGUCCCUUCCUUCUUUGCCCAGUUCACCUGCUUCCAGAAAGUCCCACUGGAAAGUUCCAGAUGCAAGUGAUGAGUCUGUAGCCAAAAGCAAACCAGGAGUUCAAGAAGGGAUUCAAGUUCUUGGAAGCCUGUCAGCAUCUAGCCGGGUCAGAGCCAAAGCAAAAGAUGAAGAUUCUGAUAAAAUUCUACGCCAGUUAUUGGGAAAGGAAAUCUCAGAGAAUGUCUGCACCCAGGAAAAGCUGACUUUGGAAUUUCAAGAUGCUCAGGCUUGUUCUAGAAAUCCUAAAAAGAUCCCUCUGGAGAAGAGGGAGCUGAAGUUAGCCAGGCUGAGGCAGCUGAUGCAGAGGUCACUGAGUGAGUCUGACACAGACUCCAACAACUCUGAGGACCCCAAGAAUACCCCUGUGAGAAAGGCUGACAGGCCCCGGCCACAGCCCAUUGUGGAGAGUGUGGAAAACAUGGACAGCACAGAAAGCUUACACCUGAUGAUCAAGAAACACUCUUUGGCAUCAGGACGCAGGUUUCCUUUCAGCACCAAGGCCUCGAAAUCCCUGGAUGGCCACAGCCCAUCUCCCACCUCAGAGAACAGUGAACCAGACCUGGAAUCCCAGUGCCUGGGCCUGGGGAGCAUUCCUCCGAGCCAGCCUUCUGGAGACCCCACACAGUCCAACCCUGACAGCGCUGCUGCCCAGAAAGUUGCCACAAGUCCCAAGAGUGCCCUCAAGUCCCCAUCUUCCAAGCGUCGGACAUCUCAGAACUUGAAACUCAGAGUUACCUUUGAGGAGCCCGUGGUACAGAUGGAGCCGAGCAGUGUCCUUGAACUAGAUGGAGACAAAGACAAAGACAGAGACAAAGGUAGGACCCUCCCACGGAACUCCACAAGUAGUGAAUCUGGGGAGCAACUGAAAAGGCCUUUCGGAACCUUCCGGUCCAUCAUGGAGUCCCUGAGUGGCAAUCAGAACAAUAAUAAUAACUGUCCAGCAGCCAGCCAGCUGAAGACAUCCACGCUGCCCUUAACCUCACUUGGAAGGAAGACAGCAGACAACAAGGGAAACCCUGUGAGCUCCGCUAGCAAAGGAAAGAGUAAGGCUGAGAUGUACAGCAGCUGCCUCAGUCUUGCCUCUAACACGCUGAUUGAAGAGCAUCUGCAUAACUGUGCACGGCAUAAUGACAUCAACAGAAAAAUGAAGAAAUCCAACAUAAAGCACAUUGCUGAGCCAGAGUCAAAAGAACUGUUUUUGUAAAUCAGUUUUUAAUAUCCCUUUAAUACUGAUGCCCUCUGGACACCAUUGGACAUUACUGGACUGUCUUCUGGGGAAGUAGAUUGAUGAGAAAUAUGCCUCACCAGCAGAUGGACAGACUGUCAGGAUGCCUUAAAUUUAUAGGAUUAGACUAGAAGAUACAUUUUAGGGUAUAUUUGUAUAUAUAAUUUGUUUUUUUAAAGGUGCUGUUUAAAAGAAUGGUUGGGCAAAUAUAUGUUUUUGACAUUGGAUUGAUCCAACCUACUCACAGGACCCUCAAGCCACUGACACAAUUUUGUAUUCGUUGAUUGCAUGAGUGAUUUGCUAAUGUCAGUCAGACUUCCUUGUCUCCCAUCACAGACAGCUGUGACUUAGCUCCUCACUGAGACCAGGUUUGUGGUGGUGUUUCUGUUAAGUGUUUUUCUGUCAUUUCUACUUUUUUUAUAAAGGAAAUAAAACAAGGUUAACAGCCA